AUGGAGGGCACUCUGUUCAAGUAUGGGCCCGGCAGCGCACAGGUGGCGUUGCUGUCGGGCAGCCACCCUCGCCACCUGGUGCUGGUGGGCGGGCUGGGCGACGGCUUCUUCUUUGCAAACUACACCCAGCUGCUGGCUGAGGCGCUGGAGGCGGAAGGCUGGAGCCUGGUGCAGCCGCUGCUGACCUCCUCCCACCUGGCCUGGGGGCUGGGGUCCCUGGACCAAGAUGCAGCCGACCUGCAGCUACUGGCGCGGAGGCUGGCGGAGGCGUAUAGGUCUGAGGGCAUGGUGCUGCUGGGCCACUCCACCGGUACCCAGGAUACCGUGCGGUACAUGCAGCGGCACUACGGCGACCCCCAGGCCCCGCCAGUGCUGGGUACCAUCCUGCAGGCGCCGGUGUCUGACCGUGAGUACCUUGCCACGCUGCCCGAAACCGUGGCGCGGCUGGAGCUGGCGCGGCGGAUGGUGGAUCAGGGGCGGGGCGAGGAGGUGGAGUUUCGGGACCCCGACAGCGACGGGGCGCCGCUGACCGCCCGCCGCUUCGCCUCGCUGACGGGCGUGGGUGGGGACGACGACAUGUUUUCCACCGACCUGUCGGAUGGGGAGCUCAAGGAGAGGCUGGGCCCCCUGGGGCGGGCCCCCACGCUGCUGGUGCUGGGCGGCGCGGAUGAGUAUGUGCCAGACCAUGAGGCGUAUAGGGAUCUGGGAGGUCGCAUGGCGGCGGCGGUGGGCGCCAACGCCUCGGCGCCGCUGCUGGUGGAGGGCGGCAGUCACGGGCUGGAGGGGCGGGAGGGGGAGUUUGUGGGGGCUGUGAUGGGGUUCAUAGAGGACCUUUGA